CACAAAAUUCACCGCCCGAUUUCCCGAUGCGCCGGCGCGACGACAAAGUGUACGGAUUCAUAGAACGACAGGAGUCUUCCCAUUUGCACAACCACGGCCAACCGCCAGCCAGAAUCUGCCCAUCAUGUCGCGCCCUGAGGACACACUCGCGGCCGACAUUCACUACAAUGACUCCGAAGCCCGCAAGUACACGACGAGCUCCCGUAUUCAGAAUAUCCAGGCGUCCAUGACCCGCCGCGCCCUCGAGCUCCUCGAUCUCAAGCACCCCUCCCUCAUCCUCGACGUCGGCUGCGGCAGCGGUCUGUCCGGCGAGAUCCUCUCCGCCGAGGGCCCCGAGGAUGGCGGGCCGCACACCUGGAUCGGCAUGGACGUCUCCCCCUCCAUGCUCGACAUCGCUCUGCAGCGCGACGUCGAGGGCGACCUACUCCUUGCCGACAUUGGCCAGGGUGUGCCCUUCCGCGCUGGCUCCUUCGACGCCGCCAUCAGCAUCUCCGCCAUUCAGUGGCUCUGCAACGCCGAGAGCAGCGACACCUCCCCUGAGGGCCGCCUCACCAGAUUCUUCAAUGGACUCUACGCCUCAUUACGCAGGGGCGGCCGCGCCGUCUGUCAGUUCUACCCCAAGAACGACACCCAGCGCAACAUGAUCACCCAGGCCGCCGUCAAGGCCGGCUUCGGCGCCGGCCUCCUCGAGGACGACCCGGAGACAAAGAACGUCAAGAUCUACCUCGUCCUCACCGUCGGCGGCACGGCCGAGGGCGGCCGCGGCGGCGACAUCACCAACGUCGUGGAGGGCAUGGACAACGUCGACGUCGAGGACGCGCGGAGGAAGGCCAAUGCGCAGCAGAGCGGCAAGGGUGAGAUCAAGAAGGGAAGCAAGGCGUGGAUUGUCAAGAAGAAGGAGCAGAUGGAAAGGAAAGGUAAGGUCGUUAAGUCUACCUCCAAGUAUACCGGACGGAAACGCAGAAUUGCCUUUUAAAGGAACAAAGACUCGGAACAGUGGAUUGUGGGGUGGUACAUGGCAUGGCGUUACAGGGACCAAGGAAAACUUUGCUAUUACUUUAGAGAUUUAAUGCGAAUCAGAUACCCUCAGUCGACCAUUCGUUGAC